AAUUCCCACUCACUUUUGCAGUUCGCAUUUCACAAAAAUUCAAAACAAUUAAUGGCUCCAAGUUUGAACGAUUGUGCGUCACUUUUCAACUUUGUGGUUAAAAAUGGCAACGGCGUGAAGGGCAUGGUUGACUUAGGCCUAUCAAAGGUACCAGAGCCUUACAUUCAACCACCACAAGAGCGGAUUGACAAACAAACUGCACGCACAUACGCUCAGCCACCUAUUGACUUGUCGAAGCUCGACGGACCUGAGCACGAGCGAGUGGUGGAGGAAAUCGCUAGAGCCGCUGAGACUCUUGGAUUCUUCCAAGUAGUGAACCAUGGCGUGCCCAUUGAGUUGCUGGAGUCACUUAAGGAAGCUGCGCACACUUUCUUCGGCCAAUUGCCUGAAAAGAAGGCUGUUUAUUGCAAAGGAGUGAGUCCAAGCCCGUUGGUGAAUUAUGGCACAAGCUUUGUGCCUGAGAAGGAGAAAGCCUUGGAGUGGAAGGACUAUCUUAGCAUGAUAUAUACCAACGAUGCUGAGGCCCUUGAACAGUGGCCUCAGGAAUGCAAGAAAGUGGCACUGGAUUAUUUGAGAACAUCAAUCAAGAUGGUAAGAAAACUGCUUGAAGCUUUGUUUAAGAAUCUUGGAGUUACUCUAGAUGACUCAAAAAUUGAUGCUAUAAUUGGGACCAAGAUGGUGAACAUGAAUUACUAUCCUACAUGCCCUAAUCCGGAGCUUACUGUUGGCGUGGGGCGUCACUCAGAUCUUGGCAUCCUAACAGUUUUGCUACAAGAUGGCAUCGGAGGUUUAUAUGUAAAAGUAGAAGAAGACAUUGAUUCAGGAAAUAAAGGACAAUGGGUAGAGAUUCCGCCAGUACCUGGUGCUUUAGUCAUCAAUGUUGGCGAUUCGUUACAGAUAAUAAGCAAUGGAAGGUACAAAAGUGCUGAACACAGAGUGCGUACCACAAGCACCAAUUCAAGAGUGUCGAUCCCAAUCUUUACGAUGCCAAGACCAACAGAGAAGAUCGGGCCGCUGCCUCAGCUUGUGGAGCGAGAGGGGAUUGGUUUUAAAGAGCUUGUGUUCCAGGAUUACAUGAACAAUUUUUUCAGCAAUGUUCAUGAUGGAAAGAAGUCUCUUGAAUUUGCACUAGCUUAAUGCUCAUCCAUGCAUGCAUGUCGAAGAAGUAUACUACUCUUAAAUAAAUUAAUUAACUAGCUCUUCUCCUUGCAUGGUUCGCAUCUCAGAUUUUUGCUCUUGUAUUUGUAAUAAACAGCUUUAUAGUUUUCCUCUUA